UUCCAUAACCCUUAGUUACCUUCCCACAGCCCUAGGAGUCCUAUCUUAUCUUCUAUAUAACUCCCCACACUUGCACCACUUCACUCACCAAACAAUAAGCAAGAAUUUCCAUUGCAUGCAAAGCAAAUACGCAUUAUAUUACUAGUUUUAAUUUGUUUUGUCGUUUGCUUCUUUCUUUGAUUAAUGAUGACUAGCUUUAAGGUUGCAUGUGUGAUUGCGAUGAUGUGCAUGGUUGUGGCCAUGAGUGUUACACCCAUGGCACAGGCCGCAAUCACGUGCGGGCAGGUCGCCGGCGACGUGUCACCGUGCCUCAGUUAUCUUCGAAGCGGCGGAAAACCGUCAGACGCCUGCUGCAACGGAGUGAAGUCGCUCAGCGGCGCGGCGAAGACCACCGCCGACCGCCAGGCAGCGUGCAAUUGCCUGAAAAACCUUGCCAAUAAUAUGGGACAGAGUUUGAAUGCCGGCAACGCAGCCUCUCUCCCUGGCAAAUGUGGCGUCAACAUCCCUUACAAGAUCAGCACCUCCACCAACUGCGCCACCAUCAAGUUCUGAAGGGUGGAUCUAGUAUAAGGAAGAAACUGCAGGGCAGUUUUUCAGUCGCAGGAUACUAUAUAUCAUAAUGUUGUAAAAUUUAUAUUAAUGAAAAUAAAGAGAGGGCGAUGAGGACUCUAGUACUUAAGCGAGUCCCUUAGUUGUCUCCACUUGUUGUUGCAUGUAAUACUAUAUGUAGUUCUCUGCUACUUUACUUUUUUGACAAUUAAUAAUAUUUACACGUCCCUUAAUUAUA